UGCUGAACAGCCCAGACAUGGCGGAGGAUACAGUGUAAGUGGGGAACGGCGAGAGAGUUACGAUAGUUUUCCUAGCAGUUCAGUCGGUUUAGUGCUUUAUAGAAAAAGCAAAUGUGUCAGGCAUGUUUUCGUCGGAAUAUCGCAAAAAUGGACGAAGUUCCCAGACGUAAGUAAGCUGGGAAAAUGUAUAUCUGUUUAGUGCAGUUUACGGCCGUAGACAACAAAUAUGGCUUCUUGUGCCUUUUCCUAUUUGUUAUAAACAACUGUUCUCCCAUGCCAUUACAUGUCAUGGCUGUAAUGCAAAAUUCAUACAAGUGACAAUUAGGAAGUUAGUUCCUUGUUCGCUUAUCGGGCAGGGGGUCAUUUUGGAGAAAUAAAGCCGAGGAUACGUUAGCUAACCAGUCUGCUAGCUAGUUAGCUAGCUACGGAACUGAAGCGAACGGCAAUGGAGCCAAAGCACAAAGAGUUGUUAGAACAAUUCCACCAAAACUUGCUGGACUCUAUAACAGACGCAGAUCGACUGAUAGAGUUGCUGAUACUCUCCGGUACUCUGAGCCAGCUCGACCGCUUCGAACUGGACCAAAACUGCUCUUCCAGCGCGGAGAAAGUGGACCAGCUUUUGAAGAUGCUUGUGAACAAGGAAAGCGACCAUUUCCUCGAGCUGUGUGUGGCCUUGGAAAAGGCGUACCCUGACCUGUAUUCUGCACUCUUUACCAACGGCGGUGGACCCGUGGACCAUUCCUCCGGCUCUACAUACAGUGUUCUCUCCACCAUGCCCUCAGACUCUGAGAGUAGCAGUUCCCUAAGCAGUGUCGGUUCACCUCCCGGUAACGGCUCAGCCUCGUCCCCGCCCCCGGUCGUCAACGACAACCGGCCAGCCGGUGACAACCUGGACACCAUCCUGUUCCAGCUGCGUCAGGUGACCCGUGAGAGGGACGAGCUCCGCAAGCGCCUGGCUCUGGCAUCGCCCGGCACCACCUUCGACGACUGCAGGCCGAAUUCCAAAGCCAGCCACGACUAUGAGCGACUGAAGAGUCAGUGUAUGCGGGCCAUGGCAGACCUGCAGUCUCUACAGAACCAACACACCAAGACUCUGAAGAGGUGUGAGGAGGCCGUCAAGGAGGCUGAUUUCUACCAUAUGCUCCACAGUCGUGUGUUAGGAGACCAGUCUCAGCUGAAAGAGGAGCUGGAUGUGUUGAGGAGAGACAACACUCAGCUGGUCAGGGAACACAACCACCUGAAGCAGAGCUGUGAGGAGCUCCGCAGGCUGCACAGCGAGGACCAGAAGGAGGUGGCCGACAUGAGGCGGCAGCAGCAAGAGGUGAUGCGAGAAAACGGUUCAUCAGAGGUUCUCAACAAGCUCUAUGACACAGCCAUGGACAAGCUGGAGGGGGUGAGGAAAGAAUACGAUUCGCUGAGCAAACGCUACAGCGAGAAGGUAGCUAAUCACAACACGGACCUGAGCAGGCUGGAGCAGGUGGAAGAAGAGAACCGCCGAUUACAGAAACAGAUGGACACGUUGCUGAGACAACGAGACACGGCUAUACACUACCAACAACAGUGCUCUACGUCCAUGAGGAGGUUUGACUCUGUACAACAGGAGCUGAACAAGUCUUCAGGCCAGAACAAGGAGCUGCAGAGGGAGAUGGAGCGGCUGCAGUCGGAGGUGACACGCUGUAAGAACUUCCAGCUGAAGGCAGUAAAGGACUGUGAGAAGUACAAGGAGGAGAGGGACUCUGUGUUCAACGAGUACAGGCUCAUCAUGAGUGAGAGAGACCAGGUGAUCAAGGAGCUGGACAAGCUGCAGACAGAGCUGGAGGCUGCAGAGGCCCGCCUCAAAAACACCUCGUCUGAAAGGAUGGUGGCCAGCGAGGAGAUGGAGGCUCUCAGACAGGAGCUGAACUCGUCGUUGGUGGACCGGGACAGGGCAAUCUGUGAGAGGAACGAGCUGUUGGAGAAGUACUGCCACGAGGUGAAGGAUAAGGCUGAGGCCCAAAAGGAGCUGAGCCAAGCCUGUAAAGAUAUUGAGACGGUCCGCGAGGAGAGAGACGUGGCCCGCAAGGAGAGGACAGAGGCCAUCAUACAGAGAGACCAGCUACUGAGAGAAUACUACCAGGCAAGACAGAAACAAGACUCUGCCACCCUGGACAUAGAGCGGGCCAACAAGGAGAUUGAGGUGUUGAGGAAGCAGUAUGAGGCCAUGUCCCAGGAGCUGAAGGAGGCUACACAGGAGGCCGAGGUGGCCAAGUGUCGACGUGACUGGGCCUUCCAGGAGAGAGACAAGAUAGUGGCAGAGAGAGAGAGCAUACGGACGCUGUGUGACAACCUGCGUAGGGAGCGGGACCGGGCGGUCAGCGAUCUGGCCGACGCCCUGCGUAACCUUGACGACAUGAGGAAGCAGAAGAAUGACGCGUCACGGGAACUGAAGGAACUCAAAGAGAAGAUGGAGAGCCAGCUGGACAAGGAGGCCAGGUUUUGUCAGCUGAUGGCCCACAGCUCCCAUGACUCCGCCAUCGACACAGACUCUCUGGAGUGGGAGACGGAGGUUGUGGAGUUUGAGAAGGACAGGGAUGACAUGGAUUUAAAGGCACUUGGGUUUGACAUAGCAGAGGGGGUAAACGAUCCAUAUUUACCAGGAGAUUGUGGAAUAUUUGUGACAAGAGUGGACAAAGGAAGUAUUGCAGAUGGAAGGUUAAGAGUUAACGAUUGGUUGCUGAAGAUAAAUGACAUGGACCUGACCAACAAGGACAGGAAGCAGGUGGUAAAGGCAGUGCUUAACAGAGGCGGGCUUAUCAACAUGGUGGUUCGCAGGAGGAAGUCCCUGGGAGGAAGGCUGGUCACCCCUGUACACAUCAACCUGAUCGGACACAAAGACAGUGGUAUAGGUCUGGAGAAUGGUGUGUUUGUGACAGCCCUCGUCCAGGGGAGUCCUGCUUCCAGGGAGGGAUCUCUGACUGUUGGAGACAGACUUAUUGCUAUCAACGGCAUCGCUCUGGACAACAAGUCGUUGACGGAGUGUGAGACACUGCUGAGGAACUGUAGGGACUCUCUCAGCCUCUCUCUCAUGAAGUUCUUCCCUCACAGUUCGUCGGGCCAGAACAUCUUCGACAGCCUGCGCGAGUCAUCGUCCAACAGCCGUCUCUCCGAGGUCCACUCCAGGAACAGUCGUAACCUCAAACACAACAGCUCCACACAGACAGACAUCUUCUGCCCCGACACAGGUGGGGGAGGUGGUAGUGUCAAUGUCCAAGGAGAGAGGAGGAAAAGCAGGGGUGUGGAGGCCGAGGAGGGGAUGGGCCCGUACGGGGACGUCAGGAAGCCCUUCUCCACGGGGUCUCUCCAUGCCACCAGCCUCCGGCCGUCCUCUGACCUUGGUCUGGGUCCCCCGAGCCGCUACGGCCCCAGCGCCUUCCAGGAGUGCUGCUCUGGGUCCCCCUACGCCAAGCCCCCUCCACCCCCCAUGACCUAUGACCCCUCUAACCCCCCCGACUGCAUCACAGUGGAGACUACCCUGGAGAAGAAACACAGCGGCGGUACUUGGCCGAAGAUGAUCGUCGGCGGGAUGUCUGUCGCCGUGGAUACGACCACAGCGACGACUCCGACCCAGCUGUCCAUCUUCAAGUCACCCAAACAGAGGAAGUCCAUCUUCGACACGGACGCCUUCAAACCACGGCCUGAGGGCUCCCCAUCUUCCAAGAUAGAGUACCUGUUGCCCAAUCAGCUGGUGGCCCACUCCCCGCAGCCCUCCAAGACUGAGUCUCUCUCCUCCUCCUCUACGGCCACACCCACCCCUCCUCCGCCGCCUACCCGCAGCGAUUCGUUCAAAUUCAAACACAAACAGCAGAGCAAUUCCGCCUCCGACUGCACGCUCACCUCCGACGGGAACGGCGGCAAGGGGGAUGCUGUUUCCAUGGUUACCGGGGAGGGCCACGGGGAACACGAGAUGGAACGAGAAAGGGAGAGGGAAAGAGACAGAAACGGGAACCACUACUUCCUGGAUGGGAAAAUGCUGACAUCGAGGAAGUCAUGUGAUGAGGACAUUGGACGCACCAGGGGGGAGGAGCCUGAUGUGAAGAGGCCCCGCCCUAAAUCAGCACCAGCUCUCCGACGCAGGAUGACCCCCCAGUCCAUCACUCUGCCCUCCUUCCAGAGCUACUCCAAUGACGAUCACUCCCCAGAGCCCAGAGAGAUGCUUCGCUCCUCUCCCAACCGCUCUCACAGACACAGUGUGGGCUUCGUGACCACCAUCUACAACAGUACCCUGCCUGCAAACUCGGCCCAUCGUGGCCUGGCCCCGUGUCCAGCGGUGACCGCAGUGAUGAGGAACCCAGUCUACACAGUCCGCAGCCACAGAGUCCACACCAACAACUGUCCCUCUGUCUCCUCCCAGAUCUGCCAACACCAGCACAACAACCAACACCCCAGUCCGCAGCACCAGGGCCGUCUGAGCCUGGACCUGAGCCAAAAGCGUCCAGCAGCAGACUACUCAGAGUCCUCGUCACGCAGCAGCCGCACCUCCCAUGGUACCAACUCACUACCCUCCAGUGCUCGCCUGGGCCUUGAUUCUUCCAGUAACGUCCAGUACCGGAACGAGAGGAUUAAGAUCCCCUCCACUCCCCGCUACCCUCGAUCUAUGCUGGGCUCUGACAGAGGCUCCCUGUCACAUUCAGAGUGCAGCAGUCCCAGCCUCAUCACUCCCCCCCAAUCACCUCUGAACCUGGAGACUUCCUCCUUCGCCAGCAGCCAAUCACAGAGCUCCAUAUCCACCCUGCCCAGAAUCUCCGUCAGCCCUGUGCCAAUUGGAGAGCGGAGGAAAGACCGGCCGUACCUGGAGGAACCUCGUAAUGUGAUCGUUCACAAAGGGGCGGAGCCUCUGGGCAUCUCUAUCGUCAGCGGCGAGAACGGCGGUAUCUUCGUCUCCAAGGUAACCGGAGGCAGCAUCGCCCAUCAGGCCGGGCUGGAGUACGGCGACCAACUCCUCGAGUAUAAUGGUAUUAACUUGCGUAAUGCCACAGAGCAGCAAGCCAGGCUGAUAAUUGGUCAGCAGUGUGACACCAUCACCAUCAUGGCUCAGUACAACCCCCACAUGUACCAGCUGGGAAACCACUCACGCUCCAGUUCUCGUCUGGAGCCGGUGAGCAGCCAGUCAACUCCCCAUGGCAGUGGAGCCACCACCCCUGACAACCACUCUACUAUAGACACUCUGAGUGAACAAGACGAAGGAACACUCACCCCCUCCUCCAAACAGACCACCCCUACAACUAGUCCUCAUAGUUUCAUCAGGAUGUUGUCAGAGGGUAGUCGUAAGGUGUGUGAACCACGGGUGGUGACGGUGCGCAGAGCCCAGGGGGCAGAACUGGGGCUGGGGCUAUGUGGAGGGAACCUCCGCGGGGUCUAUGUAGAGAGUCUGGAAGAGGACAGCCCUGCUAGGGGAACAGAGGGACUGCAGCCUGGGGACCUCAUACUGGAGUAUGGGUCAGUAAACAUGAAGAACAAGACAGUGGAGGAGGUAUAUGUAGAGAUGCUGAAGCCAGCCGAGACGGUCACACUCAAAGUCCAACAACGACAGGACGACUUCAACAUUGUCAAAGACACACCGGGGGACGGCUUCUAUAUCAGAGCACUUUAUGAGCGGACAGUGGAGGCAGAGCUGGACCUUAGUUUUAAGAAGGAUGACAUCCUUUAUGUGGAUGAUACUCUACCAAAGGGCAGCUUUGGCACCUGGAUGGCCUGGCAGCUGGAUGAGAAUGCACAGCAGAUCCAGAGAGGACAGAUACCCAGCAAAUACAUGAUGGACCAGGAGUUGUACCGUAGACACAGUAUGACAGAGCUGAAAGACGACAAGGACAGUAAGAGCCUCUCUGCCGCCGCCAGGCGAUCCUUCUUCAGGAGGAAGCACAAACACAAACGCAGCAGCUCCAAAGAUGGCAAGGAACUGGUGGCUCUGGACGCCAUUAGCACAGACUCUAUACCAUUCCUAGAGGACUGUGUGAGCAUGGCGUACCAGCGGGUCCAGAAGGUAGAGUGUGUGUCUCCCAGGCCGGUUCUGAUCCUCGGUCCUCUCUCAGACCCCGUCAAGGACAUGCUGGUCAAAGAGUCCCCCGGGAAGUUUUGCAGAUGUGUCCUGGAGGUUAUGAAGGCGUCCCAGCAGGCUAUAGAGCGCGGCGUCAAAGACUGCCUCUUCAUCGACUACAAACGCAGGAGCGGCCAUUUUGACGUGACCACCGUGGCCUCCAUCAAGGAGAUAACAGAGAAGGACUGUCACUGUCUGCUAGACAUCGCACCCCAUGCCAUUGAGAGGCUGCACAGCGUCCACAUUUACCCAAUCGUCAUCUUCAUCCGCUACAAAAACUCCAAGCAGAUAAAGGAACAGAAGGAUCCAGUGUAUCUGCGGGACAAGGUCUCUCAAAAACAUUCCAAGGAGCAGUUUGAGGUCGCACAGAAGAUUGAGCAGGAGUAUAGCAAAUUCUUUACAGGUAUUGUCCAGGGCGGCACUCUUCCCUACAUUUGCACUCAGAUCAUGACAAUAGUUGAUCAGGAACAGAGUAAGGUCCUGUGGACUCCCCUUGGCUGCUCCUAGGGGGUGGAGGCCACCACUGCACCCUGCGUCACUGCGCCUCAUCUCCACUCACAACAAACACUAAAAAACCUUCCACACUAUACCAAUAGGUACACUACAGUGAGCUAUUACACAUGUAAACUAGUGAUAUUUUUGUUAUAUAGUGUUAUUAUAAUGUUGAUUCGUACCUUAACCGGAGCCUCUUAUUUUUCUGUGUAUUCUGGAGCAGGUUGGUAGCACUGACAGUUGUUAAAGUUAAUUCGGUCUUCCUUAAGGGUUUUAUGGUUGUGUUUUUGUAAUGUUGCGUUGUAUGCAUCUGUUUACAGUUUUUUUUUAAACGAGUCUUGAGUAUUGGUGUUAAAUGUUCUGCUUGAAUGUGCAUUACACCCCCCCCCAGAUGAAGUAAAGAACCCUGACCCAGAAUCGGCCCCAAACAAACCUGUGUACCAAAUGACAUCAACCUGUUUUACACACCACGUUCAAUGACUGACAACUAAUAAUGUGGAAUAAUAAUGUAUGCGUGUGUGUAUGAGAGUUUGUGUGUACGAGUGAUAGUUAUAUUAUUGGUAAACUAAUGACUUUGUUGGUUGGAUUGAAACAUGGAUUUUGAUGUUUUGAAGUUGACGCCAUAGAAACUAAACCUGCAGAACAGAUAUAAAGCUCUCCAAGCGACAUUUGUCUUAUCUGUAAAAAAAAAAUGUAAUCCGAAAGUCGAUUUUUGGAUCGGUCAAUCAAUUCUUGCUUCAGACCAAACUUCUAUGUGUGCAACAGUGUAUCAAUCAAUUCAAUUAUGUUUCUAUAAGAAAGAAAAAGCCAUGAAAAUCAGACAUGGCAGUAGCGAAUGGUGUCUGUUCUACUCGUUAUGUUUCUAUGGUCACUGUAUGUGAGUGGACAGUUUACAGGCCUAUCAGAAGUGCCUUCUGUCGUAGACUUGGUCCAAAAACAGACCCCCAGCCCUUACCCAUUCAGAUCUAAUGGAACAGGAUAAGUAGAAGCAAUAUGGAGGUAGAACCUCCCCACUGCCCAUUGGAAGGCUAGGUGGAGCCAUCACCAUGUUGUUUAAACCGAUCUGGUACCUUCAGAUCUGUAAACACCAUAGUGUUAACACUAAAUCUGCAAACACCAUAGUGCUAUCACUAUAGAUCCACUUACAAUGUUAAGUGUUAACACUAAAGAUCUGCAAAUAAACACUAUAGAGCGUAAACGCUAUAGAUCUGCAAUGCUCGGGCUUGUUUUGGGGCGGGGCAGUACAGAGCAUAUGACAAUGGUAAGGUUGUGAGGGCGACCACCUCAGAAUGCACUCCAGGGCUAGACAGACCACUGUGUCUCUAUCACAUGCUAUCUCUUGGUCACAUAUUUAAAGACUCUAUAGAAUAUAACAAAUAUAUGUGUGUAGGAGUAUACAUACAAACUCACAGGCACUUGAGUACCUGUAUGUACAGUAUGCAGAUGCAUCUGAGAUCUUAUAUUAGAUGUAUUUUGACUAGGUCUCAGGCCUAGGGAAGUUGAAACAGUUAAGUCAUGUCUUAGCAGGUAUUAGCAUGUUUUUUUAACGGUUUUAUUUUCGUCUUGUUUUGUGGUUUGUUGUCAGUCACUUUUUAAAUGUACUCACAAACCAGAAAGACACCAUGGAGCAAAUGUGCAGGGGAAAAUCUUUCUUAAAGAAAAUACUUUUUUUCUCUUCCUUAAAUCUGUUGAAAUGUUAGGUUUUUUCAUUAUUUAAUUUCUUUAUUUUUUUUUAUCCAAGAGGCACAAAAAUAUUGCUAUUGUCCCUCAUUCUUCUGUCAUCCUUGAACCCCAUUCUCCUGUAUCCUAAUGUUGUGCCAAAAUCCAGUACGUCAGUUUUAUCUUUUUACUUCUGUUUUGCACUUGUUAUUCUGUGGACCUUAAAACAAAUAGCUGUUUCCCAGUAGACUUUAUAAAUAGGUACUAUAUUAUAAUUUUUACUGUAACUAAUUCACAUUUUAAAUGUAUCACGUCAGUUCCUUACAUUUCAUUGAUGGCCUUUUUAUUCUUUAAUAACCUUGAUUAGAAAACAACUGACAGAUUGCUCCUCCUUAGUUGCAUUCUCGAUGAAAAAGGGAUUUCUUGCACAGUUUAUCAAAUGAAAAUCGGACAUGAAGUUUGACUAUUGGGCUAUAUGAUUAGGCAUAGUAAGUAAAAUUGUAAUGUAACCCAUUUUCUGAGUAGAUUGAGAUGGUUUAAAAUUAGAAGAGGGAUGCCACGUAACAUGGUUUUAUUUUUAGGAGGAACGACUAGCUGCCAGGUACUAUUCUGAUUGCGUUUUUCUUUAUUAAAAAUAAUGAUUUGUAUCAAAUGUUGAGACAUUAACAUGAGAAUAAAAGUCUUUUUCUGUAUCACGACGA